GCCGCUGCCUUCGUGCUGCCUUCGUGUUUCCAGUCCCUGUCAAUUGGAGUUAAAUCAAUCACCCGCGGGGGUUCUGAGCCACAAUGUGGAAUUAUCCCAGGGCUGCCCUCCUCGCCUUCUGGUACCUUGCCCAAGGCCUGGGGAUGGCCUUCCUCGUCAAAUACUCCCGUAAAGGCUCUCUCCUCCGCAUCGUUGGCUUCACCUGUGUCGCUGCUGUCCAAUACUUCUUUUACACUUCUUCUUUCACUCUCGGCAACAAUAUUCUCUACAGUGCUUCCUUAGCCUCAAUGUCACCUGCUCUGUUCGCACACUGCAUAAAUAUUCUGUUCAUUAAUCCCAUCGAUGCACAGCAUGGUCUGGGGAUAAGUAUAGGACUAAAUUUACGUGGAAUCGGCACACCCUGGCUUGCAAAAAACACUCCAGAAUUUCCAUCCUACUAUGGCGGCCGCCGCCCGGGGCGAUUCAUUUUCCUCCUGCGCCAGAGUGCUAUCGUGAUCUGGCAGUAUCUGAUGAUUGACCUUUUAGAAGCAGCUGGUUCUGCGCAGUCUCCUGAGGAAAUACAGAUGGUGCAGGGUCUGGGUUCUGAAUUCAUGUACCUGAGUGCAACCAAGGAGCAAUUGAUUGCGCGCAUCGCAACGAGUCUGGUUUCCAACUUCGUCAUGUCCCGGAUGAUGGUCGAUGGUGUGGCGCGGCUCCUGUCAAUUAUUUCUGUAGGACUUCGUAUUUCAAACCCUUCGGACUGGCCGCCUUUAUUUAAUAGCAUGUGGGAUGCGUAUACACUGCGGAACUACUGGGGUAAAUUCUGGCACCAAAUGCUCCGCUGGCCCUUCACCUCCAUCUCCAACUACCUAACCCGUCGCGUCCUCCGCCUUCCCCGCCCCUCCUUCCUCGAACGCUACCUAAACAUCCUAUUCGUCUUCUCGCUAUCCGGCAUCCUGCACGUACCCUUCUUAGCCGCCACCAGCAUUUCCAUUCUGGACUCCUGGCGCGGUUCAAUGCUCUACUUUACCUCUUUCACCCUAGGUUUCAUGAUCGAGGAUACCGCACAAGCCCUUUGGCGAAGACUGGGCGUCGAGAAAUUGGGAUCGCAACCUGCCAGUGCGGGCGUGACCGUUUUCAAGAGAGUCGUGGGUAUGCUGUGGGUCAUAUCGUUCAUGUGUAUGACUGUGCCGUUCUUUGGGUAUCCGGUCAGUCGUGUGCCGGCGGAGAGGAGGGAGCUGAUACCAAGUGGAUUUAGCAUUGUGAGAGUGGUUGGCCCGGAGCCGGUUCUGGGGGCGGUAGGAGUUGGGGCGUUAUUUUUGAAGUUUGGCUUUGGGGCGGGUUUGUAGUUGCUGCUUAUUCUUUUCUUUCCUUUUCUUCGUUUUUAAGUCCUGAGUCCUAACCGGUUUGAGACAUUGUGUUUACACACUUACAAGGGGUAUUUAGAUAGGCAUCAUAGAAGAGUAGCCGGCUGGAUACUCUAUCUUUCGCGCGCCCGAACUCCCAAUGAUCGUGAUAAAAAGGAAAGAAUAACAUGAGCAAACGCUGGAAGGACCAAUUUCAUCCUCGCGAUUUCACAUUAACACAAAGUUUUUUGAGUCACAUGCAGGAGACAAUCUAACAAAGCCAAUAAAUUCAAACUGAUAUUAAUACGUAAAGCAAAAGGGAAUGAAAAGAAAGAAACAAGCUAAGAGUUACAAACGCGGUUCCUCAAGGGUCACUCGGUCCAAUAACUCAAUUCAUAGUCUUAUAA